AUGUCGAACCUACUACAGAAUGUGCUUAGCUCAAGGCUAGCGAACGCGACGUUAGGCACGUCCAGCAACGAAGCCUUCACCGACAGUGGCGCUGAAGCCAAACAGGGCCUCAACGACUGGGAGCAAGUCGACACGGAUGAGGAGCUUGUCAACGUGCAAUCCACUCCAGCUACUGCUUCCGCUACACCCCUCGAGCGAAGCCCACCCGCCUCACCCACACGUGCCCAUUCAUCGUCCCGUCUCGCGGUCGAAACAGACACGACUGACUUUGAAAGCGAUGUCGACGCAUCAAAUUCCGCUAGACAAGCCUCAGCAGCUGGCGGUGGUAGCAGUAGCAAGCUCCGCAGCACCACCUCAAGCAGCGGCAAAAAACCUUCCUCCUCGCAACGCAGCAAGACCGACCCUCUGCGCUCGCUUACCAGCGAAAUCGCACAGCACAUCUUCCUCCAACCCCCCGUCGAAUCCCUUCUUGCCUGUUCAGGAGUUUGCAGACGCUGGCGUCGCUCGGCAACCCUCAAUUACUGCUGGUACCGUCACUACCAACACAACUUUUCCUCCACCUCUCUCGAUUCCGCCCUCCCCUCCAUCCCAGCUUGGGGUAGCGGAGGAGCCAAAUGGACCCGUCGCGAAAGCAAGACCGACUGGAAAACACAGUUCGGCAAGCAAAAGAGAAUCGAAGCAAAAGACGCUGCACGUGCCGAAUCACUGCCUGGAUCAGGCACUGCUACGCCAUCAAGAACACAGAGAUUGCAAGAUGCAGGUAUAAUGACAACGCACGAGGCUAGAAUGGAACAGUGGAAACAAGAGGCUGAUGCACAAUAUACGAAGCAGGAGAUGAGAGAUUAUUACAAGUCUGGUGCCAAAGGUGGCAAGUUUAAGGGUAAGAGGGAGAAGGGUGGUGUCAAAACAGGGGCAAUGGGCGAUGGCGGGUUGUGGGAGUGA